AUGGCUCCCAGGAAGAGAACCGCUAAACCACCCAAAAACGACCCCAGGGUGGCAAAGUCGCAGGCUUUGCUGCACGAUUUCGACACUGAAGUCACGACUAUACUUCAGCAGCUGAAAGAGAGGACAGAUAAUCUCCUGAAAAGUAUGGACAACAGCUAUGAAAUGGCGAUCAUUAAGCUCCCCAAGGCAGUCAGAAAACUAAGUUGGAUGGAGAAUUUCAGCUUGCAGAAACUCCAGUUACCAUUAGUGGAUGACAGAAAGGGAGAGGAAGAGGAGGAGGCUGCCAAGGUUGAGAGUGUCUUAUCUCUGGAGCAUGGCAUUUGCCCUACAAGGGGUAAUAAAAGUAAUAAGAAAAAUAUAAUUAUUUUUCUGCUCCUUCUAACAGGAUCAAAGAACGAGUCAGAUGCCCAGACAAGUACAGAAGACGGGAACUCCUCGAGCCAGAAUACGAUUAAGAAGGUGAGAACUACGAAGAAGCCCCCUACCACAUCAAAAAAGGCAAAGGAUCUCUCAGUAAGGAAGCGGAAAAGCUCCAUCAGAAGAUCAAACAGGAAGGCUUUGGUGACUCCUGCCAAGAAUACAGUGAACACUUCUCUGUUGAUAGGCUCUACUCCCCUUGUUACCCCACGUUUUGACCCAAGGCUUCCCAAGACCCCAGCAGUGAGAAAUCCCCACCACAAAGAGAGGGUAUACAGCAUUUCUGUUAAUGGCUCCCCUAUCGCAGAUAGGAAUGGGGACGUUAUCAUCAACGUCCCAAUUGGAAACGGAGAGAGCAUUCAGCUGCUGGCCAGUCAAAUAGACUCAGCUGACCUGUCAUCACUGGAUAAGAAGGCCCUGGCGAGCAUGCAGCAGCUCCAGAAGCGCCUCGCAACAUUGUGUGGGACAACAAAGUGAACGCCAGAGAGAAGACCGUUUGGAAGUUUUGUUUAUAAACUUAUUUCACCAUACCUAUUUUUUUUCUCACUGAAGUUUUUAUUGAAUACUGUAAGAUACACAAAAAAACAAAAAAAACAUAAAAAAAAACAGUUGUCUGGAAAUAUUUCAAUAUUCACACAAAUAUUGUAAUUAGGCAUU